CCUGUUGUUUAUUAUUUUACUAUUCACAUUUGACGUGUAAGAUUGUAAAAAAAAUUAUUUUAAAUUUUCAUGAAGUGAAAUAUAUAUAAUAUAAAUUACAAUUAUGUUUUAUAAAUAAAUAUUAAACUAUAUUGAAAAUGUCUAAAGUUUAGUGCUGAACAUAAGUGAUUAACGUUACUUUAAAAUUCUUCGAAAGUUAACCUCAAAUUUCUACGUUUAUUUAAAUUUUUAACACAAAUUUUUUGAAAAAAACACCAACAAAAUGUCGGAACGAAAAGUUUUAAACAAAUACUAUCCGCCUGAUUUUGAUCCAUCGAAAAUACCUCGUAUGAAAUUGGCUCGAAAUCGUCAAUAUACAGUACGAUUAAUGGCACCAUUUAAUAUGCGUUGUAAAACAUGCGGUGAAUAUAUUUAUAAAGGAAAAAAAUUUAAUGCACGCAAAGAAGAUGUUGAGGGUGAGGAUUAUUUGGGCAUAAGAAUUUAUCGUUUUUACAUAAAAUGUACACGUUGCCUGCAGGAAAUUUCAUUUAAAACUGAUCCAAGAAAUACGGAUUAUGAAAUUGAAGCCGGUGCAUCGCGUAAUUUUAUGGCAUUAAAAUUAGCCGAGGAACAAGCGCAAAGAGAAGAGGACGAGGAACGUGAAGAGGAAGCAACAAAUCCAAUGAAAUUAUUAGAAAAACGUACACAACAAUCAAAACAUGAAUUAGAAGUAUUAGAAUCAUUGGAAGAGCUCAAGGAUUUAAAUCGUCGACAACAAACAAUUGAUUAUGAACAAAUGUUGGAUCAAUAUGAUACAAAAUCAGAACGUUUAAAAACAGAAAAAGAACAAGAGGAACUCGAUGAGGAAUAUGUAAAAUCGAUAUUUAAAAAGAAGAAUAAUAAUGAUAAUUUAACUGUUGUCGAAGAGGAAAUUGUUGAUUUAGAGGAGAAUUAUGAGCCAAAGGAGAAAUUUUUUAAGCACGAUACAAAUGAAACAUCAACGUCUACAAUGGGUGGGAAAAAUUUAGCUGUGGAAAAUAAAAAAGGAAGUUUGAGUAAAGCAAAAUUAUCAACAUUUGUAAAGAGAAAAGUUGAUAUUAUUAAAACAGUUGAUAAAACAAAGAAUAUUGAAAUUAAACAAAGUAUUGAAGAAAAUAAAAUUACAAAACCAAGUGGACUUUCAUUAUUGGGUGCUUAUUCUGACAGUGAAGAGGAUAGUAAUUGAUUUUCAUUAAAUCUACUGUAUCUAAUCUAUUUUACGUUUUUGAUAAAAAAAAAAGAACGUAAUUUAAAAUUUUGUAAAUACAAUUUUUCUUGCAAUUAUCUUUAUUAUCAGACAUUGCCAUUUUUUUUAUUUUUUGAAAACAAAUUUUCAAUUUCUUUUUGUAGAAAUUCUUUUCUCAAUUUUUUCACAAUAUUUAUAUCGAUAAACUUGUAUUAUUGAAAAUAAAAUAUAGAUAUUUAAUUUCAA